AUGUUUUACAGCCAUGAAAUUCUCACCUCCCCAGAUCACGGUGUCGCAACUAUCUGGCUCGUUGCAACUCUUGGCUCACGGUCCAUCGCGCGACGAAUCAAUCGAAGAGCCAUACAAGAUGUUGACGUGCCAAGCGCAUGCAGGGUCAUUAUCGACCCGGAGUCUCCGAUGGCCCUACGACUGCAAGGUAGCUUGCUAUACGGCGUUUCGCGCAUCUUUAACCAACAGUGCGGAUACACUUUGCUCGACGCCCAAACAAUGCACGACAAGAUGAUGACCAUGCUGAGGAUUGUGCCAGGUGCUGGUCUAGAUCCCAGCGCUGGGAAGUCAAAGCCGGGGAGUCUCAACCUCCCAUACGACCCUACCUUCCUUCCCGAAACUGGUCUACCCGGUAUGGGCAUUGAUGUAAUCUUACUCGACGCAAUCACAGACGAAGCCCACAGCCAAUACCCCAGUAUAUGGUCCAAAUCUCCAGCGAUCAGUCGUUCCAGUGGGUCUCAAAAUGGGCAAUUUCAGCUUGAGCUUCCUCUCGACGAGCUCAUUGGAGGUAAUGUGAUGGCCGGGCAGGAUGAUAUCAACGACUCUGCACAGAGGAUAGGUCUGUUCGGCAGGAAGACGAAGCCGAGUGUUGAAGAAAGUGUUUUGUUGAAUCCUGAUUUCGAAUUCGAUGAUAACGGAGAUAUCGUUGAGUUUGAUGCGAGCAGGGUUUCUCCCAACAGAAGAAGGGGAACAAGUUUCGAUCCGAGGCUAAGUGAGGGCCCAAAUCUGCAGAAGGAUCAAGGGGAUACAGUCCUGGCAAACGACGAAGCAGUGCUCGUUCGUGACGAUAACGUGAUGGACCUUGAUGUCCAACCCGGAGCUGAAGUUAUCUUACCUGGCGUAGAUGUCUUGACUGAGACUGUGCGCCUCGAUAGAUCAAUGGAGAAUGAAAGACGAUUGAAUCAGAGGCAAAGAGAGGCCAAAAUAAUUGUUACGGAUGUGGUGACAACCCUACGAAACACAGACCUGGCACGAUGGAACAGUGAGUAUGAGGCAAACAUGGCGCAAGCCGCAAAGCAGAAGCAAUUGAACAAAUUGCCAACAAUUGCAAAGAAGAACGCCGCCUACUGGGUUCUUGGCAAGGGAAUUGGCGCUGUCGGCAAUCCACUCGGUCCUCAACAUAUACCUCACCCGCUUAAGUCUUACUCAGGCGAGGAGCUAUAUUACGCCCUUUGUCCUGAAGCUGAGCGCAAACGGAGACGUACAGAAGGUACCGGAGAUGACAGUGAUUCAGGGGAGCAGAGCCGCCAAGUACGCCCUCGAGAGGGACAGGUGAAUCCUAUGGACGUCGAAAUCGCGCGUCACGCACCAUCCAGCGUGCUAGAUGACCACUCUUCCUUGAUGCCAUGGAACACUAUUGUAUCGAUUGAGAGCUCCCACCGAGGCCAGCGCUUUAGAAGCGGAAGCGAAAUCUCCUACGGUUCGCGACGCCGCGGUCGUAUCCAAAGCGCAAGUCCACUGGCCGGACGAGGCUAUCGUGAUCGAGACAGCAGCCUCGACAUCUCAGGCAAUUUUGGUGACGAUCUGGACGACUUCGAGAUAACCAGAUACCUCGAAGCCGGACUGUCCCCGGACAAAGGAGAUAUCAGUGAAAUGGACCCGCGGAAAAUCAACGGCGAGAAGCACAUCGCCAAGAUGCUUGACCAAGGCACUUUGAAUUUUUGGGACUUUCUCAAAGACAAGAUGCUCCCAUCCAAAGGCGGUCGGAUCGAAUUCGAAACUCUCCUCCCGCCCAAGGAGACCUCGCGCACGGUGGCUACACAGGCUUUCAUGAACGCGCUCACGCUCGCGACAAAAGGCGCUAUCAGCGUCGGCCAGGAGCCAUUUCAAGAUCAGGGCCCUUCAAGCUGGGGUAUUCGCUAUCAAUACGGUAAACUCUGGCUGGGAGUUGCGCAGCAGCAAUAG